AUGAACAUUUUCAGAUUUUUUGCCGAUUUAUCUCAUUUGGCAAGUAUAUUCAUACUUCUCUUUUCGAUUGAGAAGAACAAGUCAUUGAAUGGUCUUUCAUUGAAGACACAGACCCUAUACGUCUUAGUGUUUGUUACAAGGUAUUUGGAUUUAUUCACCCACUUUGUUUCCCUUUACAAUACAUCGAUGAAAUUAUUUUUCAUUGGAUCCUCACUUUACACAGUAUACAUAAUGACAAAUAAGUAUCAGGUCUCCAUUAAAGCACAUGUCGACACAUUUCCAGUGAAAUAUUUAGUUGGUGGAGCAUUCCUUGCCGCUCUUUUAACAACAAAAUCAUACUCACCGUUGUAUCUUUUAUGGACAUUUUCGAUUUGGUUAGAAUCUGUGGCUAUACUCCCACAUUUUUUUGUUUUACAAAGAACAGGAGAAGCUGAAAACAUAACGGCCCAUUACCUUUUUGCAUUAGGAAUCUAUCGAGCCUUAUACAUACCCAACUGGAUUUAUAGAUACUUUACAGAGGGUCGCUUAGAUUGGGUAACUGUUGUCGCUGGAAUCAUCCAAACUGCUAUUUAUUCAGACUUUUUUUAUAUUUACUAUACUAAAGUUUUGAAGGGUAAAAAAUUUGAGCUUCCAGUCUAA